CUUCAUUAUAGACGCAUGCGCAUUACGCAAAAGGUGAUUUAAUACUUUGACAGUUCUCUGCCAACGUGAAUGACCCAAUAUCAAGCGACGCGGUAGUAGUGUAUCUGUGGCUUGUAUAUAUGCUAAAUAAAAAAUGGCUGAUGAUUUUGAUGGAGACGAGGUCGCAGAUGAUUUCGAUGAUGUAGACGACGAGGACAACAUCGAAUUAGAGCCCCAAGAAGAUGAUGGUGAAAAUAUCGAAUUGUUGAAUGCUAAUGAAGCUACUGCUGGUGUUCAAAAGUCAAAAAGGAUAACAACAAGAUAUAUGACAAAAUAUGAAAGGGCAAGAGUUUUAGGCACAAGAGCGUUACAAAUAGCAAUGUGUGCUCCUGUAAUGGUAGAAUUAGAAGGGGAAACUGAUCCGCUGCAAAUUGCAAUGAAGGAAUUAAAGCAACGAAAAAUUCCCAUAAUUAUACGUCGCUACCUGCCUGAUAACAGUUAUGAAGAUUGGGGCAUUGACGAACUUAUUAUAAUAGAUCAUUAAUAUUAGUAUAAGUUGUACAAAAUUCGGUAUACCUUAUAUUAACUAUGUAUUAUCAAUACUACAAUACAUUAUUUUAUCAUCUUACAUUUUA